CUCAAGGAUACCAAGGAUUUCCACAAGUCUUUAAGCAAUACAAUGUCGAAAUUCUGAAGCUUACGUUUGCUUGCACCCUUUCGAUCCCCAAUCUGGCAUUCAAGAUGAUUAGGUCUUACCCCUUCCGUGCCGCCUGGGGGACGAGGCGCCUCGUGCACUCAAGUGUGCGCUUCGGCUGCACCAGGCUUGCACCGGUAGAGCUUCAGCGGAGAGCGUUUUGCAGAUCUACCCGAUGUGCCUCCGAAGAGAAAUCUCAGCCUUUCAAACAUCAAUUAUAUGAGAGUACACAGCAGCGCCUCAAGAGAGAGCGUGCUGAGCAGGAGCGUUACUCAGCGUAUCAGACUCAGUCCCAAGGUGGUCGCUAUGCAGCAAUGAUGUUCGCAUUGACCUUCUUCUCCACUGGGGCGUACUUCUUAGGCUCCUCAAAACCUGCGAGCCUGCCGACAUCAUCAACAAGUCCAUUGUACGAGACAGAGCCACCAAGGCAUAACGUCUCCACGUCGAACUUACAGGCUGCGUGGGCAGACUUCGUGGAUGUUCUAGGAAAAGAGAACGUCUCUACAGAACACAAUGACUUGGAGAUGCACUCGGGAUCUGACUGGUCCUCAUAUGUGCGGAAAAAUGACGAAAAGCCGUUCCUUGUUCUCUAUCCAUCAACAACGGAAGAAGUUUCUCAGAUUAUGAAGAUUUGUCAUCGGCGUUUGAUCCCCGUCACGCCAUACUCGGGCGGGACAAGCUUGGAAGGACACUUUGCACCCACAAGGGGCGGUGUGUGCAUCGACUUUCGUCGCAUGGACCGUAUCUUGGAGCUUCACAAGGGGGACCUGGAUGUUGUGGUUCAACCUGCCAUCGGCUGGGAGGAACUGAAUGAGAAGCUCUCCGACGAAGGCCUAUUUUUCCCACCAGAUCCUGGUCCUGGCGCUAUGAUUGGCGGCAUGGUUGGAACAGGCUGCUCCGGAACGAAUGCUUAUAGGUAUGGAACCAUGCGAGAGUGGGUGCUUUCUUUAACGGUUGUCCUUGCCGAUGGCACAACCAUCAGAACCAGGCAACGUCCGCGGAAGUCAAGCGCUGGGUACGAUCUCACUAGGCUAUUUAUUGGCAGCGAAGGCACCCUUGGGCUCGUUACGGAAGCAACAUUAAGAUUGACUGUAAAGCCAAAAAGCCAGAAUGUUGCCGUGGCAAGCUUUCAAACAAUACAGGAUGCAGCGGCGUGUGUCACCCGUGUGGUGGAGGAAGGCGUUCCCGUCGCCGGACUAGAGAUCUUGGACGAUGUCCAGAUGAAAUGCAUUAAUGCCAGUCAGACGACCAGCCGACGAUGGAAGGAAUCGCCUACACUCUUCUUCAAAUUUGCAGGGACGCCAGUGGGAGUCAAGGAACAGAUAGGUCUCGUGCAAAAGAUUGUUUCAUCAUCGGCAGGGAAAUCCUUUGAGUUUGCCCGCGGUGAUGCAGAAAUGCAGGAGCUCUGGAGUGCCCGCAAACAGGCUUUGUGGAGUGUGAUGGCUAUGCGGAGAGGGCCAGAAGACCAUGUGUGGACAACAGAUGUGGCGGUGCCUAUGAGCCAACUGCCUGAAAUUAUUGAUGCCACUAAGCAAGAUAUGACCGAGAGCGGCCUUGUGGCAGGUAUCUGUGGCCACGUUGGAGAUGGGAAUUUUCACGCGAUCAUCCUCUUCAACGAGGCCGAGAAAAGAGCUGCAGAGGCUGUAGUCCACCGUAUGGUGAAAAGAGCUGUUCAGUUGGAAGGCACAGUGACAGGAGAACAUGGCGUGGGGCUUGUCAAGCGAGAUUAUCUAGAGCAUGAAUUAGGUGAAAAAACCGUGGACGCAAUGCGUCGGCUUAAACUUGCUUUCGAUCCCCUUUGCCUCCUCAACCCCGAUAAAGUCGUUCGAGUGGAGCCGCCAACGGCUGGUGAGAUGAAGAAAUGGUAAGAAGAAGAAGGCUGCCUAUAGAGCCAGGGGAACUAUGCCAAAGUCUCGACAAGUGAAGACCAUGGUGUUGCCUCGAAUCUAUGCGAUAUGCUCAAUCUCAACCUCUCAUGUGCAGUACCAGCGCGAUUUCGCAUGCAGCUUACACUCACAAUCUCUGAUCUCCUUCACGCCUGAAAUGACCUUUGCCGUCUUCUUCUGACCAAAAAUACACUGCCCCUGCCUCUUUGCAGCACCGAAAUCGCGAGCAUGCUCAUAGGGCAUGCGCCACUCCUGCAUCUACAGACCUUGUUUUCUCACAAUUGAUUCGACCUUAGCUGGAUGUGACUAGUGUCUGCAAGGCUUUGUUUUCGAGCUGGUGCUCGGCCAUCUGAUACAGCUGCCUAUUUAUCCAGUUGACAGAUGCCGUGGGUUCGUUUUAGCUAAAAGUCGAUGUUGUCUUACC